GUGCUCCAUGAGCCCCUGAUUGACGAGGACCCGGUGUUCAUCAACACCUGUACGGAGAGAGAGCUGAGGAAGAGGAGGAAGAGGAAGUUCAGUCUGUGGGUCCGCCAGUGCACCUCCACUGGUUUCAUCUGUCAGGUACAGUGUGUUUGUGUGUGUGUGUGUGUGUGUGUGUGUUUGUGUGUGUGUGUGUGUGUGUGUGUACAUGCAUCAUGUUAUGUUUGUGUGGGAGGGAGGAGGGAGGGAGGGAGGGAAAAGGGGGAGGGAGGGGGGAGGGAGGGAGGGACUGUAGCCUCUUGGAUUUCUACUCAUAUCUGGGAGCUAGUACUUAGCCAACUUUGUGACAAAGACUGUUCACCUUCAAUUACCCCCAGUACAACCACACCGGGGCUUUCACAAGACUGCCUGCAAUUGGUCUAGACCAGGGCUUCCCAAACGUCUUCCUGGAGAUCUACCGUCCUGUGGGUUUUCAGUCCAACCCUAAUUUAACACACCUUAUUCUACUUAUUAGCUGCUCAACAAGACCUUAACUAGCUGAAUCAGAUAUGGUAAAUUAGGGUUGGACUGAAAACCUACAGGACAGUAGAUCUCCAGGAAGAGGGUUGGGCAGCCCUGGUCUAGACUGUAGAGUACACCAACACUGCAGGACAGGACAAUCAGACCAUGCCCUUCCCCCUCACUCAGACACAGCUGCGAGAUCCAGACAAACUGUGUGAUUGGAUGACUGAUGUGGGACCAUCCAGUGCCUCAAUCAGUCUCCAGAACCAAUGUUAUAUUACUGAUUCCCAGGAGAAAGCGCCAGUCCACUUAGUAUAAUUGCUCUCUGCUCUUGGUGGGAGAAUGAUACGUCAAAUGACUGCUGCCCCGUGCCUCAAACAGACCCAGGAAGACAUGAGAAUGUAUGGAUAUGCACGGGCUGUGUACUAAUUGGUGGGAAGAAGAAUGAAUCGAUCAUGUCCUUUUUUGUGUAGCUUGCAAGACCGAGAUUCAUCACUUACUUGAAAACAACAGGGUUAGUAUUGUCAAUAGAAAACAACAGGGUUAGUAUUGUCAAUGGAAAACAACAGGGUUAGUAUUGUCAAUGGAAAACAACAGGGUUAGUAUUGUCAAUGGAAAACAACAGGGUUAGUAUUGUCAAUGGAAAACAACAGGGUUAGUAUUGUCAAUAGAAAACAACAGGGUUAGUAUUGUCAAUGGAAAACAACAGGGUUAGUAUUGUCAAUAGAAAACAACAGGUUUAGUAUUGUCAAUGGAAAACAACAGGGUUAGUAUUGUCAAUAGAAAACAACAGGUUUAGUAUUGUCAAUGGAAAACAACAGGGUUAGUAUUGUCAACAGGGUUAGUAUUGUCAAUGGAAAACAACAGGGUUAGUAUUGUCAACAGGGUUAGUAUUGUCAAUAGAAAACAACAGGGUUAGUAUUGUGAAUAGAAAACAACAGGGUUACUAUUGUCAAUGGAAUACAACAGGGUUAGUAUUGUCAACAGGGUUAGUAUAUUCAAUAGAAAACAACAGGUUUAGUAUUGUCAAUGGAAAACAACAGGGUUAGUAUUGUCAAUAGAAAACAACAGGUUUAGUAUUGUCAAUGGAAAACAACAGGGUUAGUAUUGUCAACAGGGUUAGUAUUGUCAAUGGAAAACAACAGGGUUAGUAUUGUCAACAGGGUUAGUAUUGUCAAUAGAAAACAACAGGGUUAGUAUUGUGAAUAGAAAACAACAGGGUUACUAUUGUCAAUGGAAUACAACAGGGUUAGUAUUGUCAACAGGGUUAGUAUAUUCAAUAGAAAACAACAGGGUUAGUAUUGUCAAUAGAAAACAACAGAGUUAGUAUUGUCAAUAGAAAACAACAGGGUUAGUAUUGUCAAUAGAAAACAACAGGGUUAGUAUUGUCAAUAGAAAACAACAGGGUUAGUAUUGUCAAUGGAAAACAACAGGGUUAGUAUUGUCAAUAGAAAACAACUGGGAUAGUAUUGUCAAUGGAAAACAACAGGGUUAGUAUUGUCAAUAGAAAACAACAGGGUUAGUAUUGUCAAUAGAAAACAACUGGGAUAGUAUUGUCAACUACAUUGUUUGAUGAGAAAUAGCGUAUCAAUCAACUUGUCUGAUCAGAGAAGUAUUUAAAUGUAAAUGGUAGUCAAUGGAGCUAAGUCAGUGAUUCAGAAUGUAGGAGCCACAUUAAUGUGGCUAAUUGGAUCACUAGCUGCUACACAGAUCAUUCCUGAGAUCAUUAUGUAUUGAUUUCUGUAUGUCAGUGUAUGACAUUUACAUUUGACAUUUUAGUCAUUUAGCAGACACUCUUAUCCAGAGCCACUUACAGGAGGAGCAAUUAGGUUUAAGUGUCUUGCUCAAGGUCAUAUCGACAGAUGUUUUGCCUAGUCGGCUCGGGGAUUCGAACCAGCUACGCUUUGGUUACCGGCCCAACGCUCUUAACCGCUAGGUACCUGAUGACAUUAUGGUGGUAUUGACAGUCUGUGUCGCUCUUCCAGAUCUAUGUGCAUCUAAAGGAGGGCCAGGGUCCUGAUGGGUUGGCUACCCUGAAGAACAAGCCUCAGCUCCACAGUAUGGUGGCCAAACAGCUGUGUCAGAACCUCUCAGGCCGCAACAGCAUCAUCUUCACCGGGCCCAGCAUCACCAGCCUCAACCUGUACCAGGAGUUUGAGAAACAGGGUAGAUCUGCAUCUUUCAUCCCAUUUAUCUCUCUCACCCUCUCAUUAUCUCCAUCCACCUCUUUCCUCUCGCUCGCUCUCUCUCUCUCUCGCUCUCUCUCUCUCUCUCCGUCUCUCUUUCUCUUUACAGUACUGUAAUCUCCUUCUUGCUCAUCCCCUGCUGUUUUUAAUUACCAUACACGACCUCCGGCUACUGUAGCACUGAAAGACAAGACAGUCAAUUGAAGUUCACGUUGAGACUUCCCUGAGAACCAAGAUGUCAAUUUUGGAAACCGAGAGCACCAGUUCAUCCUAUUGUUAAUGAACAGAGCAAACAGCCUAGAGAGAGGGGACGUGAGGCCACAGUAAACCAGCCUGUAGCCCUGCAGCAGCUAACACACAGAGAUAUGAAUAAUGAUCAACUCCUUAAAAAUUACAAACGCCUCCUCCUCUAGGCUUUAUUCUCUGAUCUCAAUCUCAACACUGACUGGCCACCUGUAAUCUGGGCCAUCUGUCAUUACUGCAGGAGGGUGGGCUAUAGGAAAGAAGGGGGUUAUAUUCAGCACACAUCAGGAUCAGAACUCUCACAUGUACAGUACAUUGUGCCCACAGCAGUAGAUUUAACAGUGCUGUGGAACAUUUUGCUAAAAAUCCUUUCUGUAUGUUGCACCAUCCUGAACGUGUCCCAGAUGUCUAAAGGUGUGUUUGUACUCCACCAGAGAUUUACUGCUGUGGGCUGCUGAGCACCAGGAAGAGUGACUGCACCGGCCUGCCCCAGUGCAUGCUGGUGAACCCUGAGAGCCCCCAGCAGAGGGGCCAGUCCCGCAGCAUGAUGAGAGGCAACACCUCCCUCAUCAGCUGGUACAACAAGGGACACUUCCGCUUCCUUACCAACGCCUACUCACCUACCAAGGAAGGUGAGGAUUCCCGCUCUGCAACCAGUGUUAUAUUAACAACGUUUUCUUUUUCAUACAUUUUCAUUCAGAAGAUGCAUUCAGGGAGAUGUUUCAACUGUAUUUAAUCAUGGGCAUAGAUUUGUGGUGAACUGCCUUCAAUUUGAAAGCAAAACGUUUCUCUUCAUUUUGAUCAUGUCUGCAUCACUAGAAUGCUCUGAAAUGGAAUAUCAUUAUUAAGCUCUUUAGGGCUGACUGAUACAGUAUGAGUCACCACCCACGAUUGACAUGAUGUGGGUUUCCCAGAUCACAGUAACUCCUAGGUGUUAAUGCACUCAUAAUCUAUCCUGUAGACUGCGGGGGAACCGUGAUGUAACACCUCAUCAUUCUCUCUCCCUGUAUGAGGAUAGAGUGAUGUUCAGAGAUAAUGACAAUUUGAGAAAAUCCCUGUUGUGUGGCAUGUGAAAAGGUCUCUCACCUCAGACAUCUUUAAUCCCAUUUGUAAAUACAGUGGGGGAAAAAAGUAUUUAGUCAGCCACCAAUUGUGCAAGUUCUCCGACUUAAAAAGAUGAGAGAGGCCUGACAAAAUGAGAAGAAAAAAAAUCCAGAAAAUCACAUUGUAGGAUUUUUAAUGAAUUUAUUUGCAAAUUAUGGUGGAAAAUAAGUAUUUGGUCAAUAACAAAAGUUUCUCAAUACUUUGUUAUAUACCCUUUGUUGGCAAUGACACAGGUCAAACGUUUUCUGUAAGUCUUCACAAGGUUUUCACACACUGUUGCUGGUAUUUUGGCCCAUUCCUCCAUGCAGAUCUCCUCUAGAGCAGUGAUGUUUUGGGGCUGUCGCUGGGCAACAUGGACUUUCAACUCCCUCCAAAGAUUUUCUAUGGGGUUGAGAUCUGGAGACUGGCUAGGCCACUCCAGGACCUUGAAAUGCUUCUUACGAAGCCACUCCUUCGUUGCCCAGGGCGGUGUGUUUGGGAUCAUUGUCAUGCUGAAAAACCCAGCCACGUUUCAUCUUCAAUGCCCUUGCUGAUGGAAGGAGGUUUUCACUCAAAAUCUCACAAUACAUGGCCCCAUUCAUUCUUUCCUUUACACGGAUCAGUCGUCCUGGUCCCUUUGCAGAAAAACAGCCCCAAAGCAUGAUGUUUCCACCCCCAUGCUUCACAGUAGGUAUGGUGUUCUUUGGAUGCAACUCAGCAUUCUUUGUCCUCCAAACACGACGAGUUGAGUUGUUACAAAAAGUUGUAUUUUGGUUUCAUCUGACCAUAUGACAUUCUCCCAAUCCUCUUCUGGAUCAUCCAAAUGCACUCUAGCAAACUUCAGACGGGCCUGGACAUGUACUGGCUUAAGCAGGGGGACAUGUCUUGCACUGCAGGAUUUGAGUCCCUGGCGGCGUAGUGUGUUACUGAUGGUAGGCUUUGUUACUUUGGUCCCAGCUCUCUGCAGGUCAUUCACUAGGUCCCCCCGUGUGGUUCUGGGAUUUUUGCUCACCGUUCUUGUGAUCAUUUUGACCCCACGGGGUGAGAUCUUGCGUGGAGCCCCAGAUCGAGGGAGAUUAUCAGUGGUUUUGUAUGUCUUCCAUUUCCUAAUAAUUGCUCCCACAGUUGAUUUCUUCAAACCAAGCUGCUUACCUAUUGCAGAUUCAGUCUUCCCAGCCUGGUGCAGGUCUACAAUUUUGUUUCUGGUGUCCUUUGACAGCUCUUUGGUCUUGGCCAUAGUGGAGUUUGGAGUGUGACUGUUUGAGGUUGUGGACAGGUGUCUUUUAUACUGAUAACAAGUUCAAACAGAUGCCAUUAAUACAGGUAAUGAGUGGAGGACAGAGGAGCCUCUUAAAGAAGAAGUUACAGGUCUGUGAGAGCCAGAAAUCUUGCUUGUUUGUAGGUGACCAAAUACUUAUUUUCCACCAUAAUUUGCAAAUAAAUUCAUAAAAAAUCCUACAAUGUGAUUUUCUGGAUUUUUUUUCCUCAAUUUGUCUGUCAUAGUUGACGUGUACCUAUGAUGAAAAUUACAGGCCUCUCUCAUCUUUUUAAGUGGGAGAACUUGCACAAUUGGUGGCUGACUAAAUACUUUUUCCCCCACUGUAAAUGGGGUGAGAAAAUGCAUUAUAUCUGGAUAGAUAAACAGCAUGGAUCCAGAGUAGAUGAGUGGAGUCGAAGGAGAGUUAGGAUUCUGUUCAUGGACUGUGUUAAAACAAAAGUGGCAUUAUUAGUGUUGUAUUGAACGAGGAAAAUCCUCCCAAUCUGAAUGAAUCCUAGAGAGGAUGCAGGGUCUUUUUCAUUGUCCCUUAAUCCAGUACAAAUGAUCUCAAUAUAAAAACCCAAAAUACAGCAAAACACAACCCCCUCCCAACCCAACCUUUGGUGUGUCCCUCCAAUCUUUUCUUAUACGGACUACAGUCAUUCUUUUCUUUGGAUGGUUAAGUGGUGGUCAUAACGCUUCAUUAUAGCUACAGAGAGAACUAUCUGACCUUUGAAUAAAUAUACCACUGUAUCAUUGGUGAAAUGGCUGUGAAAUGAAGUAAUCAUGUGAACGACUGAAGCUGAGGCAAUGGUGAGGGAGAGUCAGAGAAAUAUUCCCAAAUUCCAAAUUGAGACCUUAUCAAGUUUGCUGCUCAGUUAUAUUCUUAAAUUAUGUUAAGAAUAAAUCCAUUGCGUUUCCUGACUGAUAUGAGCUUAUUCUUUGAUCUCGCAUUUAUUUUUCAAAUUACCCUCCUGUAACUUUCCAAUUUGCAUGCAACAUUACACUGUAGUGUAAUUAGCAUAAAAUAGCUGAGGAUAAGUUUAAUGGAAGCGACAGAUGGAGGUUCAGUCAAGGCAACUGUAUCAAAGGCCUGCUAAUGGUUCAAUUGGGAUCCAGGGGACUACUAGACUCGUUCCCUCACAGCUACCUCCAUAAUUACUCUAUAACUCCUCAUGUUCAUCUAUUGUUCAUGUGGUGCUUCACCUGGAAUCAGUUUAUUUUAGGUAUUGGGUUGAUACUUUUUAACAGGUAAGCAUGCAGUCAUGUUUUUCUUGUUACAGAUCAAGGUAUUUUCUGCAGAAUAUAUUGGUUAUUUUGGAGCUAUAGUUAGAAACCAUCAAAAUGGGAUUUUGAGGCCUGCAGUUUAGUUAUGUACAGCAUCACUCUUUAUCCAGUUACAGAUAGGCUAUACAUUACUGUUAAGAUAUUAUGCCCCAAAUGUCACUUGUAUUAUACUUUGUCACUGAGUCUGAAAAUCUGUUUACAUAAUACUUAUUUUUUUAACUCAGUGAAAUGUGAUUCCCAGCUCCCAUUAGCCUUGUCUGAGUCAUGUUUUUGGUUCCAGGGGUGAUCAUCAAGAGGAAAAGUGGUGAGAUUCCCUGUCCGCUGGCUGUGGAGGCCUUCGCUGCACACCUCAGCUACAUCUGCAAGUAUGACGACAAGUACAGCAAGUGAGUCACUAAUAUGCCCACUAGUUGACAUACUGGAUCUAUUGUAGUAAUCUGUACUCAUUUGUCACCCUGGGAGAAAGGUGUUCGCCAAUAUGAAUGUUCAUCAUCAUAGAACAGGGGUGGCCAACCCGUCUCCUGAGAAGCGACCCUCCUGCAGGCUUUUGCUCCAACCCUAGCUAUAGCUCACUUGAUUCUACUAGCUGCUAACAAGGACAUUAAUUAGCUGAAUCAGCUGUGUUACAACGAGGUUGGAGCAAAAGCAUGCGUAACCAGUAGCUCUCCAUGACAGUCUGCCAUCCUGGAUUGUUGUUGGUCUUGUGAAAUUAUUUUAAUAUGGCAAAGUAUUACGCUGUUCCAAAUUCAUGAAUAUUGUGUCCUUCCGUCCAUCGUAACUCUGUCUAAUUUCACAUUAUCCACUCAGAUAACUGGACGUGAUGGACAUCUGACACAUAUUAUAAAGUUACCAAUUUGUCAAGAUCCCAGAUAGCCACUCAGGGUUGGUCUUUUCUCUCAGGUAUUUCAUCUUCCACAAGCCCAACAAGACGUGGCAGCAGGUGUUCUGGCUGACCAUCAGCAUCGCCAUAAACAACGCCUAUAUCCUGUACAAGAUGUCCGAUGCCUACCACGUCAAGCGCUACAGCCGAGCGCAGUUUGGAGAGAGGCUGGUGAGGGAACUGCUGGACUUAGAUGACUGCUCCCCCACCCAGUGAGGCGACCACAUAAUCUUUAUAAUAUACACCCACAUACUGUACCCAUCCACACACACACACUGUCACGUCUCACACGAACACACACACACACUGUCACGUCUCACACGUACCCACACACACACACACACUGUCACGUCUCACACGUACCCACACACACACAUGUACCCACACACAUACACACACACACUGUCACGUCUCACACGUACACACACACACACACACACACACUGUCAUGUCUCACACGUACACACACACACACACACUGUCAUGUCUCACACGUACCCCCACACACACACACACACACACACACAUAGUGUCACGUCUCACACAUACCCACACACACACACACACACACACACACUAUCACGUCUCACACGUACACACAUGCUGUCACGUCUCACACGUACCCACACACACACUGUCACGUCUCACACAUACCCACACACUGUCAUGUCUCCCACAUACCCACACACACACACACACUGUCACGUCUCACAUGUACCCACACACACACUGUCACCUCCAGGUGUGGAGAGCAGGUCUCUAUAUCUGAGUCAGAACUCAAGAGAAAUGUCUAUAGAUUAAUGUUUCUUUACUGAGGCAGAAAGCAGAGCCAUUGUACUGUCCACAUGCCUCAUACUGCUAGGACCACAGGCUGCAUGACAAAAUAGUGUUUGGAUCAUUUACUCUUCAAUGUGCAGAACUUUUUGUAUUUUUUUCUGACCGGGUUAAACGUUGUUUCCAUGUAGUGCAAUGUCACUCUGUAAUGGCAAUCUAUGAUUCUAUUGGACCACCUACCGAGCACCAUCUGGGGUGUUCUCUCCAAGAUAGACCUGAACCACUAA